AUGGCAGUCUCCGAAAAAGAACAGCCUGCUGUGGGUCACCAUGAUGACACCCCAGACGUAGGGGCUCUUAUACAGCUGAGUGACGAUGUCGAUCAGAGGGAGAGCUCUCCAUGGACAUUUUCCAUGUUUCGGCUGUAUCUUGUCCUGGGCUGCGCUUAUCUGUGCGGUUGUCUGAACGGAUAUGAUGGCUCACUAAUGGGUGGUCUAAACGCUAUGCCAUCCUAUCAAAACUACUUUGGCAUGGACUCUGCUGGUUCCAGUACCGGCCUGGUGUUCGCAAUGUACAAUAUCGGUUCGGUCGCGGCAGUCUUUUUCACAGGCCCCGUAAACGACUACUUUGGCCGACGAUGGGGAAUGUUCACUGGUUGCCUUAUCGUUAUCAUUGGUACUUGCGUACAGGCACCAUCAACAAACCACGGUCAGUUCCUCGCUGGGCGUUUCGUUCUCGGUUUCGGUGUCAGCUUCUGCUGCGUGUCGGCACCAUGUUACGUCAGUGAGAUGGCUCACCCACGAUGGCGGGGGACACUCACUGGGCUGUAUAACUGCACUUGGUAUAUCGGCAGCAUCAUUGCCAGCUGGACCGUGUACGGCUGCAGCUUUAUCAAUAACAACUCAGGUUGGAGAAUUCCCAUUUGGUGCCAAAUGGUUACUUCCGGCAUAGUCGCGUUAGUUGUGUUUUGGCUGCCCGAAUCUCCUCGCUGGCUGAUGGCGCAGGACCGUCACGCCGAUGCUAUCAAGGUCCUCGCCACAUAUCACGGUGAAGGAGAUGAGAAACACCCCAUGGUUCAACUGCAGAUGCAUGAAAUGAGCAGCCAAAUCGCUGCUGAGGCAUCCGACAAGAAAUGGUGGGACUAUCACGAGCUUUGGAAUACACACAGUGCCCGCCGGCGUCUUAUUUGUGUUCUCGGGAUGGCCUGUUUCGGGCAAAUCAGCGGUAACAGUUUGAGUUCCUACUAUUUACCCGUCAUGUUGAAGAACGCUGGAAUACUUGACCCGCAAAAGCAGCUCGCGCUCAACGGCGUCAAUCCUGCCCUGUGCUUAAUAGGGGCAGUUCUCGGCGCUCGUAUGACUGAUGUUGUCGGUCGUCGACCUCUGUUGCUGUACACUAUCGUCUUCGCAUCUUGUUGUUUUGCCAUUCUAACGGGCACCAGCAAGUUGUCUAUAGACGACCCAUCUAACACGGCAGCGGCCAACACCACGGUGGCGUUCAUCUUCAUCUUCGGUAUAGUCUUUUCAUUUGGCUGGACACCACUUCAGUCCAUGUACAUUGCCGAGACUUUGCCCACGGCAACCCGUGCUAAGGGCACCGCUAUUGGCAAUUUUGCCAGUUCUGCUGCCUCUACUGUCAUUCAGUAUAGCAGUGGGCCAGCAUUCGAAAAUAUCCACUACUAUUUCUACCUGGUUUUUGUCUUCUGGGACCUCUUUGAGGCGGUCUUUAUCUACUUCUUCUUCCCUGAGACCAAAGACCGCACGCUUGAGGAGCUGGCAGAGGUAUUUGAAGCACCGAAUCCUGUGAAGAAGAGCUUGGAGAAGCGAAGCGCACAAACGGUGAUGAACACGUUGAAUGUGACGGAGGACACAAAGACGGUAGCUAGUGUGUGA